GCUUUUUUUAAAAAAAACCAAAAAAUAAAAUAAGGGAAAGAGAAGAGAAAAGGGAAAAAGGGAUCGCAAUUUGCAAACAUCUGAAAUAAUUUUUGUGAUUCGAGUGGAGAGGACAGCUUCAAUUUCCCUGUCUCUCUCCCUCUCGGACUACACAAUCACAUUACAGUGUUUGUUUUUGUGAAUCUUUCUUCGGAGAAAAGAAGAUAUUUUUUUCGUUUCUGGGUUUUUCCUGAUUUGAUCCCUUCUCUGAUCAGCUUCUGUCCAUGGAUUCUCCGAUGGUUUUCUGAUUCUGGGUUCUUCGAAAAUUUCUGUACUUUGACGUUGUUCUUCGCAUUUCCCCCUUUUAGCUAUGGCUUGGAAUGAGACCAAACUCAAGAGGCUCUAUCAAGUUUGGAGAGGAAGCAAUAAAUUUCUAUGUGGCGGGAGGUUGAUCUUUGGUCCAGAUGCGUCAUCUCUAUAUCUAUCAACCAUCUUGAUCCUUGGUCCCGCCGUAAUGUUCUUUGUAAGAAUGUACUUGAAAAUGGCUGAUCCUCAUACCAAGAAUCCAAAACUCUGUAUUCCAGUUCUCGCUGUGUCUUGGAUACUCACCCUUUUGGAUAUAUUUUUCCUCUUAAUGACAUCUGGUAGAGAUCCCGGGAUUGUGCCAAGAAGUCUAAGGCCUCCGGAAUCAGAUGAUGCACCGGAUUCAACAACUCCAUCGAUGGAAUGGGUUAGUGGUAGAACCCCAAAUAUAAGGUUACCAAGGGUUAAAGAUGUAACCGUUAAUGGCCAUACCGUAAAAGUUAAAUUCUGUGACACUUGUUUGCUUUACCGUCCACCACGAGCUUCUCAUUGUUCCAUCUGCAACAACUGUGUCCAGAGAUUCGACCAUCACUGCCCCUGGGUUGGCCAGUGCAUUGGAGUGCGGAAUUACCGCUUCUUCUUCAUGUUCAUAUCAACAUCAACCACUCUGUGUAUAUUUGUGUUUGUGUUUUCUUGGUUGAACAUAUUCCAAAGACAUAUGGAUGAGAAGAUUAGUAUCUGGAAAGCUAUAUCCAAAGAUGUUCUAUCGGAUAUUCUCAUCGUUUACUGCUUCAUUACCGUUUGGUUUGUUGGUGGACUCACAAUAUUUCAUUCCUAUCUCAUCUGCACUAACCAGACAACUUAUGAGAAUUUCCGUUACCGUUAUGAUAAGAAGGAGAAUCCAUACAACAAAGGAGUAUUAGGGAACAUAUGGGAAAUAUUCAUGUCUAAGAUUCCCCCAUCAAUGAACAAGUUUAGAUCAUUUGUGAAGGAAGAAGAUUAUAUGAUGGUUGAAACUCCAACUUCAAAUUUGGGUGAAAGUCUAGUUAGCUCGAAAGAGAAGAUCGAUAUCGAAAUGGGAGGAGGAAGGAUUGUUGAUGAGGGUGGAAAAAGUUACUCACUCCCUGAGAUUCUCCGGAAUCUAAACUAUGAAGACCUUGAAGAUGAUUGUGAGGAAGAUGACUUGAAGGCUAAGGAUCAUCAUCACCACCAUCAUCAUCAUCAUCAUCAUAAUGAGGGAAUCAUUCCUCCUUUUGAUCCUUUUUUUAUUAAUGACAAUGGUCAUAACAAGGAUGAAAAAAAUGGACAAGAAUCAGGAGGAUCUUCAAGUGAUGAUGAAGAUGCAGGGAAACGCGUUCGGGUCUCCAUUGAUGAUAGAGAAAAAGUUGAAGGGUAUGAGCGAAAUUGGAAUACUGACAAAGGUAUGAAUAUAAACGCAGGAUCUGAAGAUGGAACUAGCUCUCCUCAAUCUACUUCACCAAUGCUUCGUAAAUAGAGGGCUUGAAGCUGGAGAAGUGGAGAUUGUUCUUUGUCAUUCUUUUAACCGUGUUUUAUAUAAUUGUGGGGAAAAAAAGAUCCAGAGAAAUAAGACAUUGUAGGAUUUGUGAGUUUGAGCAUUAGAUUUUUGUUUUUAUGUUUUUAUUUUCAAUUUUUAGUUGUAUUUAUAUAACCAGAAUGGCACAUUUGGAUAUCACCAGCAUCACAUAUUUUCUCUCUUUUUUGUUAUUAAAAAGAUUUGGACCAUGAAUUGUAAUGAAUACUACUAUUGUAUCUUCGGAAAUUUUUUCUUAUUUAUUUAU